GAGGUGCAUAAACAACUAGCAAUAUUUUCCUCAGCAGUCAACAUUCUCCUUUCCAUGACAGCAUUUUUUGGCAAUUCUAUCAUCCUUGUUGCCCUUCACAAGGAAUCUUCCCUUCAUCCACCGUCCAAACUCUUAUACCGUUGUCUUGCUACAACUGAUCUUUUAGCAGGCCUCCUUGUGCAUCCUCUUGUUGCUUCUCUCUGGAUAUCCGUGGUUCAUGAACACUGGAGUAUUUGUCGAUUCGUACUUGAUGCAAGCCUCGCAACGUCUUAUGUAUUACAUUCAGUGUCUUUAAUGACGACGAUGGCCAUAAGCGUGGACAGACUUCUCGCCUUGUUGUUAGGGCUGAGCUACAAACAAAAUGUUAAUUUAAAGCGCAUUUAUGUGGCUCUAGCGCUUUUUAAGGUUGUCCCCUGUAUCGACACCCUAUUCUUUCUGUUUGUUCCCCCUAUACCCCCUUGGUCGGGUCCUAUCAUCAUACCGUCUUGCUUAGUAAUCUCAGUCGCUUCGUAUAUUAAGAUUUUCCGCACUCUCAGUCGUCACCAGGCUCAAGUACAGGAGCAUGUUCAACAACAGUCGAGCCAACCAAACGCACUGAACAUGGCACGAUGCAAAAAGGCAAUGUACAGUGCACUGUGGGUGCAGUUAGCAUUAGUUGUCUGUUAUGUACCAUUAAGUAUAGUUGUGCUGGUAAUAACUAAUACUAAGACAUACUCACCACUUUUAAUGGUUAUUAGAGAAAUAGCAAUUACUUUUGCUUACUUAAAUUCCACUUUGAACCCGUUCCUUUACUGCUGGAAGAUCAAUGAAGUGAGACGAGCUGUAAAGCAGAUAAUCAGACAAGUGAUAUGUUGGCCGUGGAUUUAG